UCAAAACGGCGAGGAAACCCCCAGGCCACUGGGGUGACACGUGACCACACGUCAAAUAAAGCAGCAGGCUGAAACUUUAGUCUCUGGGUUUGUAGAGACAAGCGGGCUGCUAACAAAGGAACAUGUCCCCUGCUCCAGCUGAUGAGUUGGACCACAAACCCCUGGAUGGUGGUUGGGGCUGGAUGGUGGUGUUUGGGGCCCACAUUUCCAUUGGAUUCGCUUACGCCACGCCCAAAGUCCUGUCUAUUUUCUUCAAAGAGAUCCAAGAGGACUUGGGGUCCAGUUUCAGUGAAAUAGCAUUGAUUUCCUCCAUCAUGCUAGCUGCCAUGUAUGCAGGCGGACCAGUGAGCAGUGUGUUGGUCAAACGUUUUGGAAGCCGGCCAGUGGUCAUGCUGGGUGGACUGAUGUGCGGGGUCUCUAUGGUAACCGCUUCUUUUGGGACCUCCAUCAUUUACCUCUACUUAUGCAUUGGCAUCAUUGGAGGCUGUGGACUCUCCUUAAACCUCAAUGCCUCUCUCACCAUCAUCAGCAAGUAUUUCCUUGCCAGGCGUCCGUUAGCCAACGGACUAGCCAUGGCUGGGAGUCCUGUGUUUCUAUGUUUCCUGGCCCCUGUCAACCAAUAUUUACUGGUCAAGUUUGGCUGGAGAGGAAGUCUCCUAAUCCUCGGGGGUCUGAUGCUCAAUUGCUGUGUUGCCGGGGCCCUGAUGAGACCUGUUAUUGUAUCUUGUAAGCCAUCCUGUAGUGCCCCACAGAAUGAAGUGAAGGAACUGCCAAAUGGCUGCAGCACUAAGCGAAACGGACGCUGUAUGAAGAAUGCAGGGAGUUUCUUGGAUAUGACCUUCUUCAAGGAUAGAGGCUUUGUCAUUUACCUCAUUGGGAACAUAAUGUUCAUCUUCGGUGCCUAUGCUCCCAUUGUGUUCCUGUCAGCCUAUGCUGUUAGCCAAGGCGUAGAGGAGUACUCCGCAGCCUAUUUACUCUCUAUUAUGGGCUUUGUGGACAUGUUUGUCCGGCCUGGCACAGGCCUGAUAGCCAACAGCAAGUGGAUCAGGCCAAGAAUCCAGUACUUCUUCAGCUUUGCCAUGAUUUUCAACGGCACGUGCCACUUACUGUGCCCGCUGAUAACAAGCUACGCCUACAUGGUGGUCUACGCAGUGUUUUUUGGCGUGGGUUUCGGCAUGGUUUUUGCGCUGAUAUUUGAAUGUCUGAUGGACCUGAUGGGAAGUCAACGCUUCCCCAGUGCAGUUGGACUGGUCACCAUCAUCGAGUGCUUCCCCAUGCUACUGGGACCACCUGCUGCAGGAAUGCUGGUGGACAUCUUUGGUCACUACAAGUACCUUUUCUUCAUGUGUGGCUCAGUGAUCGUGACUGGCGGGCUCUUUCUUUUAGUCAUGAACAUCUUCAACUACCACAUGCUGAAAAAAGAGGAGAUGGCAAAGGACAGAGAGCAGAACCAAAAAAACAUAGAGAACAAGGACCAGGUGGAGAUGAAACAGACCUCUGAGGCAGCGAUGGAACAAUCUGAGCCUGAAGGUAAAGAGAAGAACGGAGCCCAGAGAGAUCCAUGUCCAGAGAACGCACCAAAUGAAAUGUGAUUCCUCUAUUUAGCAUGCAUAACAGGGGCACAUGUAUGUAAGUGUGUUUGCAGGUGUGAAUGCAAUUCUAUUCCAAAUAGCAGUUUGCCCAUCAGCCAUGUUUCCGUCCAACUGUAGCCCUGAUUUUAACCAAAUUUCCAGAAUUAAUGGGACUUUCCAUCCACUACCAUUAUGCAAAUAUUAGCAGUUUGUUUAUCAGGAUAAACAGCUGGUGGUGCUAAUCCUCCGGUCAGGUGGGAUUAAAUCCUUGCAGAAGAAGAGGGCGCAGUUAAACCUCAAACAGUUUUUUAAUGCACAAAUUGAAAAUGCACAUAUAAACAGGUGGAUGGAAACACACUUGCACAGUCAUUCACUCGAUCUGUUAGUCAACAGUCAUCUCAGCAACUGUGCACUACAACAACACUGGCUUUAAGCUAAAUGCUAAUGUCAGCAUGCUAACAUGUUUACCAUCUUAGUGUACUGUGUUAGCAUGCUAACAUUAGCUAAUUAUGGCUGAUGGGAAUGUCAGUUUUGCAAGUAUUUUCUCAAAACGAUGAUGAAGCUAGAUGAAAAGUCAGGGACUCACCAGAGUUCUUACAAUUCAUCCUGAGGGGAACAAGAUUUUUUAACUAAAUUUCAUGGCAGUCCAACCAAUAGUGGUCGAAAUAUUCCUUAAAAACCCAAAUAUCAACCGCAUAUUGAGGAAAACUCAGAGGAUCUUCAAAGUCUGUGGACCACGAUUGUUAGAACAAAUUUCUAGAUUCCAGUAAAUCCUACACACUGGUCCUUUAAUAUCUGAGAGUGAAUGUUUGCUGUAAAUAACUUAUUUUUUUUCAAAUGAUCAUGAACGCACACAUCUGCUUUUCUGUUUUGUUAUUCAAUUUAACUGUUAUUUCACUGUAAUCUGCCUAUGAAAAUAUUGUUUUUGUGGUAAUGUGCUUAGUCUCAGGAGACUACCAAGAGAUAUUUUGCACUUGCAGUGUUUACAUUUUAAAGCUUAUAAUGUAAACACUUAUUAUAAAAUCUAAAAAUAGGUUUCGCAUAUGAAAUACUGUAGCUGCCAGCAAAGAAAUGGAAGUAUUACAGGUGUAACAGGAUGAUUUAUCCUUUAUUUAUUUACCCUUUUAGUUACUGUUAAAGCUGUGGUAGUUGGUUUUUUUUUGUGUCAUUGGGCAAAUCUUCCAUACUAACCUUUCAGAUUAUUGUAAUUGACGUGUUCUGGGAGAAAGCAGAGAAAGAGGUGGGAGGUUUUGCACAGGUUUUGCCUAUUGCAGCUUUAAAUGAAUACUAAAUGAUACUGUCAAUGGCAAAUACAGAAACAAAACCUCUUUCUGAAGUGUGAUAUACUUAUGAUCAUUCGUUAAUCUAAAACAGCAAAUAAUAGUCUUUUAAAACUUUUUGUCAGUAUUUAUUUAAUUUGAACUUUAAUGCUAAAACACAUUAUAAGCUAUGAUGUGUGGUCCACAGUAAUGUCGUAAUGCUGUGUUGACAUUUAGCAGUGACAUUUGUUAUCUGGGUGAGAAUGGAUUUGCAUGCACUGUUAAUUGAUUUGAGGCUCUGUGUAUUAGUGCAUGUGAGUGGAUGUGUGUGUCGGAGUGCGACGGAGUAACAAAAAUAGAAAGUGUAUUACAAAUAAUCCAAAAUCUAGUUAUUUUAAGUUUAUAUGUUAAGGUGAUGGCAGCUUUUUGGAUUCUGUGUUCCAGAGAAUUUAAUGAAAGCUUUAGUUCUUGAUUACUGGUAUUUCAACUUCUGACAUAUUAUAUGUAUAUGUGGUUUACAAUAUACCAUUGAUACAAUGGAUAACACUACAUUGUUAACAUUAAUAAAAUUCACAUGUAUUUCAUUCUGUUUAUAUAUAUAUAUAUAUAUAUAUAUAUAUAUAUAUAUAUAUAUAUUAUAAUGUACUAAGGCUCCUUAACGCAGCAGCCCAGGUUUGAUUCCAGCCUGGGGCCCAUGCAUGUUGUCCCCUUUUUCUCUCCCCAUUACCUGUCUCACUUCAGCUAUGUCUGUUAAAUAAAUGCAUAAAGUAGUCUGAAAAAUACAAAUAAAAAAAGAAUUGAGAGUCA